UGUGGGUCGGCGACAGGGGAGGGGAGAAGCCAGCCGGGGCCUAUAUAAAACCCGCCGGGCUUUCGCAAGCCCACCGACCAGCAGAGCUGGGAAGAAGCGGCAACCAGAGCUGAGAGCCAGGAACCAACCGCAAGAAAGCCGACACCAUGUGUGAUGAGGAUGAGACCACCGCACUUGUAUGCGACAACGGCUCCGGCUUGGUGAAGGCUGGCUUUGCCGGGGAUGAUGCCCCCAGGGCUGUGUUUCCCUCCAUUGUUGGCCGCCCACGUCAUCAGGGUGUCAUGGUGGGUAUGGGUCAAAAAGACUCCUACGUAGGGGAUGAAGCCCAGAGCAAAAGAGGUAUCCUGACCCUGAAGUACCCCAUUGAACAUGGCAUCAUCACCAACUGGGAUGACAUGGAGAAGAUCUGGCAUCAUACUUUCUACAAUGAGCUCCGUGUUGCCCCUGAGGAGCACCCCACCCUGCUCACCGAGGCCCCUCUUAACCCCAAGGCCAAUCGUGAAAAGAUGACCCAGAUCAUGUUUGAGACCUUCAACGUCCCAGCCAUGUAUGUGGCCAUCCAGGCUGUGCUGUCCCUCUAUGCCUCUGGCCGUACUACUGGUAUUGUGCUGGACUCUGGCGAUGGUGUCACCCACAACGUGCCCAUCUAUGAGGGUUAUGCCCUGCCCCAUGCCAUCAUGCGUUUGGACUUGGCUGGUCGGGAUCUCACUGACUACCUGAUGAAGAUCCUGACUGAGAGAGGCUACUCUUUUGUCACCACUGCUGAACGUGAGAUUGUCCGUGACAUCAAGGAAAAGCUGUGUUAUGUGGCUCUGGACUUCGAGAAUGAGAUGGCAACUGCUGCCUCCUCUUCCUCCCUGGAGAAGAGCUAUGAAUUGCCUGAUGGGCAGGUCAUCACCAUCGGCAAUGAACGUUUCCGUUGCCCAGAGACCCUUUUCCAGCCCUCCUUCAUUGGUAUGGAAUCUGCCGGUAUUCAUGAGACAACCUACAACAGCAUCAUGAAGUGUGAUAUUGACAUCAGAAAGGACCUGUAUGCCAACAAUGUCAUGUCUGGUGGCACCACCAUGUAUCCCGGUAUUGCUGACCGUAUGCAGAAGGAAAUCACUGCUCUGGCUCCCAGCACAAUGAAGAUCAAGAUCAUUGCCCCCCCAGAGCGUAAGUACUCUGUCUGGAUCGGUGGCUCCAUUUUGGCUUCCCUGUCCACCUUCCAGCAGAUGUGGAUCACAAAACAGGAAUACGAUGAAGCCGGCCCAUCCAUUGUCCACCGUAAAUGCUUCUAAACAUGUUUACAGAAAAGAUCACUAUUAUUAUUACUUGGUAACUACUCUCAGGAUGACGACAUUGUGAAGUGCAGGCUGUUGAACACCUGCCCAAGCCACAUUAAUGAUCAAUUUUAUACCAAUGUCUUUAUGACGGUUGCUGCAGACGCCAUGUGACACUGAGUGUUUGUAAAGUGUACAUAAAAUUAACUUAUUUUA